AUGAGUUCCAGUAAUAUCAACUUUCAAGAACUUGAGAAUUUGAAAAAUAAAGGUAACCAACUGUUUGCUUCUGGUGAUUAUUUGCAAAGCAUUGAAGUAUACUCUGAAAUACUUGAUCAUAUUAAAUUUCAAGAUAAUACCAUUACUAAUACUACUACUACUACUACUACUACUACUACUACCACCAAUACCAAUGUUACAACUGAUAAUGAUGAUCUUACAAAACUUAAAUUACAAACUUUAUUAAAUAGAAGUGCAUCAUAUAUCAGAUUAAAAGAUUUUAAUAAUGGACUUCUAGAUUGUAAUAAUGCUUUAAUUAUUGAUAAUAAAAACAUUAAAGGACUAUUUAGAAGAGCUACUUGUCUUUUUAAUAUAUCUAAUAAUACUAAUAAUAGUCCUGAUACUAUUAAAAACUUGGAUUUAGCUAUUGAAGAUUUAAAAAAAGCUCUAUAUAUUGAUAAUCAAAAUAAUCCCGUUAAAGAAUUACUUUCUAAAACUAUUCUUCUAAAAAAUGAAUUUACUGAUAAAUACGAAAUAAAUAAAUUACCCAGUGAAAUGCUUAAAUAUAUUAAAUAUAAUAUAAUUUCAAUGAAUAAUGACCAAUAUAAUAUAAAAUUUCUUCAAGAAUUUCAUGAUAAAUGGUUUGAGUUAUAUAAAUAUAUAUUAUCCAAUGGUUCUCAUGAUAUUAUUAUUAAUAAUAAUUGUUGUCAAGAUAUUAUUUAUAUUCUUGAAAGAUUUAUUUAUAUAUCAGAUAAUAUUAAUUGUAUUAUUAAUACAGAAUAUUAUCAAAAUAAUAAAUUAUAUUAUUCAAUAAUUUUUAAUUCCUGGAAUAUUUUAUCUUUAUUAAUUGAAGAAAAUGAUAUUAUUAUUGGUGAAGAUAAUACUGAUCUUAAUAAUAUUAAUUCAUUCUUAUUCCAACUCAAUAGAAUUAAUUUUAAUUCUAAAAAUAAAAAUCUUAAUAAAUUCAGAUCUUUAAUCAGAAUUAAUAAUAAUAUUAUUAAUUUUACCAAAAUUAAAGAUUUUAUUUAUAAUAUUAAUACAAUAAUACAAGAAUAUGAAUUAAAAAUCAAUUUAAAACAAUUAUUGAAUAGUAUUUUUAAUGUAUUAAUAUGUACUUUUAAUUAUGAUUCAAAAAAUGAUGAUACAUUUAUACAUAUUAAUCUUCUUACUUGUAUUAUUAAUAAUAAUAUUACAAAUAAUAAUAAAGAAAUUAAUUCAAUAUUAUAUUUGUUGAUUUUACGAAAUUUAUCAAUAAUAUUCCAACAAAGAAAAUCAAAAGGAACCAAAAUUGAAGCUCUUAAUUAUAAUAUUGAAAUUGAAGAUUUAAUUAAUUCAUUAUUUUCAUUAUCAUAUUACUCUUUCAAAUGUUUAUUUGAUAAUAAUAAUAAUAAUAAUGCUGAGAAUGAUAAUAUUAAUAAAAUUCUACAAAGUUCAGAAUUUAUAUUAACAAUAAUUUUUUCCCUUCUUUCUGAAAAAGAAAGAAAUAAUGAAAAUAAUGUAAAUAUCAAUACAAUUUCAAACAACCAUAUAAUUUCCAAAUAUUUAUUAAAUUCAAUAAAAAAAUCCGAUCAAGAUUCUGAUAAAGAUAAUGAUCCAUUUUCAAAUUGGAUUGCUUUUGAUUUUAUGAAUUUUAUUAAUGGAUUAAUGGGACUUAAAAUACUCCAUUAUUCUAAUAGAGAAGUACUUAAAGGUUUUAUUUUAAAUUAUCCACAAAUUAUACACUGUGUUUUAUUAAUUGUAUUAACGAAUUAUUCAGAAUAUAAUUCAAUAUUAAAUUAUUCAAUAAAAAAACAAUUAAAUUAUAUGAUUACUGAAAAUAUAUUUAAUACCAUUAUUAAAUCUUGUUGUAUUGAAAUUUUAUCAUUAUUAAUGGAAUAUAAAGAAAUUAGAAGUUCAAUAGUUAAAAAUGAUGAUACCAUUAUAUUACUUUAUAAUAUUUGUAAGAAUAUCAUUACAUCAACUGAUAAUAAUUAUAAAAAGAAUAAGAAUAUUGUAAAUAUUAAUGAAUUGGACUCUUGUUGUAGACUUUUAAAUGGAAUUUCUAAAACAACAAUGGAAAAUAAUGAUAUACUUGAUUUAUUUAUUAAUCAAUUAGAUAUUUUAUCAUUACUUGAAAAUAUAUGGACAAUUUUUAAAAAUAUUAAUGGUAAUUAUUAUGCUGAAAAUAAUAAUAAAUUUUGGACUUGUAUUCAAAAUUCUUUUGAAAUUUUUACAAUAUUAUCAAUGCAUAAUGUAUUUAAAUCCAAAUUAUUAAAUUAUAAAAUGAAAAAUGUUAUUAAUAAUGAAGAUAAUAAUAAUCCAGAUUUAAUUAAGAAUGAAAAUUCAAAAUUAUCUUCAUCAUUAUAUAAAGAAAAUGAAUUAUUUAUUUUAAAUUUACUUAAUUUACCAGAAAUAUAUGAUUUUCAAAAAAAUAGUAAAUAUUUUUCAAAUACUUUUAUUUAUCUUUAUGUAUCAUUCAUACAAAAUCUCCUUACAAGUAAUUACUCUGAUCCAUCUUCAGAAUCACAAAAUAAUAAUUAUGAUGAAUUCAAAUCUGUUUAUUUCUUAAAAAGACAAAGAUUUUAUAGCCAAUAUAAUUCAGAAAAUCAUGUUGAUUUUGACCAAUCACAAUUGGAGCAACUUGAAAUGAUGUAUAAACAAUUACCAGAAUAUACUCGUAAUGAAAGGAAUGGACAUUAUGAUAGAGGUGAUGAAAUUCUUGCAGAUACCUUUAGAAAAUUAAUAAUUGAAAAAUCAAAUAUUAUCAGUUUUAUGUAUAUUAUUCUUGAGAAGAAUAUUAUAAGUUCAGGCUCAAAUUCAAAUACAAAUUCAAAUUCAAGUAAUAAUAUUUCAUCAUCAUUACCUCUUGUAUUUAAUAUUGCAAAUAAUAUUGUUGAUUUAAUUGUUAAUACUGAAAAUUUAAAUCAACAAAAUUCAAAAGAAAUAUUAUCUCACAGAGGAAAAAUAAUACAAAAUGGUGGUCUUAAAUGCUUACUUGAUUCUAUUACCAUUAUUGAUAAUGAAUUGAUGAAUUUAAAAUCAAAUAAAUCUUCAUCAAAUAUAUUUUCAAUUAAUAAAAAAUAUCUGAUUGAUAGAUCCAGAGAGUAUAAACAAGCCAUUAGUAAAUUACUUAUAUAUAUUUCACCAACACUAAUUUCAUAUAAAUUACUUGUUGAAUGUGCAGUUAAAAUUCAAUCAUUACUUGAAGAUGAUCAUGAGCUUUUACAAUACGAAUCAGCUCUAGCAAUUACAAAUAUACUUAGUAAAUCUCUUGAUAAAAUUUCACAAGAUUCUGAAAAUGAUUCAAUUUCUAUACGUAUUUAUAAUAAUGGAAUUGGAUGGAAUUUAUUAAAAGGUCUUUGCUUUACUGAUAACAAUCUUCUAAGAGCUGCAGGUUUAGAAGGACUUUGUAAUUUUUGUAAUAAAGAUUAUAUUGUUUUAAAUCAUUUUAUUUCAAGUAAAUCAAAAGGUAUUGAAGAUUUAAAACUGUUUAUUGCUUUCUCACAAGAACAAGAUAAAAGAAUUCAAAUUGCAGCUUUGGGAGCUUUAGCUAUGCUUUCUUCUUAUUCUGAUGUUUCAAAGAUUAUUAUUGAUAAUUGGAAUGAUAUUGGAAUUAAAUUAAUUCAAGUUUAUGAAGAUUUUAAUAUUAUUAAUAAUAAUGAUUUAGAAAUUAAAGAAAGAAUUCUUUUUUGUUUAAAUAAUUUAUCAUUAUACAUUUCUUCCCAAAAUAAUUAUAAUAAUCACCAUACUUUUGAUAAUGAUAAUAAACCUUUAAAUAAUAAAAAUCAAGUAUUAUUAAAUAUCCAUAAAAGUAUUCAAGAUUGCAUAUUACUUUUAGAAUAA